AUGUUACUGCCAGAGAGUGCGGGGUUCCCAGAGAGUGCGGGGUUCCCAGAGAGUGCGGGGUUCCCAGAGAGUGCGGGGUUCCCAGAGAGUGCGGGGUUCCCAGAGAGUGCGGGGUACCCAGAGAGUGCGGGGUACCCAGAGAGUGCGGGGUUCCCAGAGAGUGCGGGGUACCCAGAGAGUGCGGGGUACCCAGAGAGUGCGGGGUUCCCAGAGAGUGCGGGGUUCCCAGAGAGUGCGGGGUUCCCAGAGAGUGCGGGGUACCCAGAGAGUGCGGGGUACCCAGAGAGUGCGGGGUUCCCAGAGAGUGCGGGGUUCCCAGAGAGUGCGGGGUUCCCAGAGAGUGCGGGGUACCCAGAGAGUGCGGGGUUCCCAAAGAGUGCGGGGUUCCCAAGAGUGCGGGGUUCCCAGAGAGUGCGGGGUUCCCAGAGAGUGCGGGGUUCCCAGAGAGUGCGGGGUUCCCAGAGAGUGUGUGGUUCCCAGAGAGUGUGUGGUUCCCAGAGAGUGCGGGGUUCCCAGAGAGUGCGGGGUUCCCAGAGAGUGCGGGGUUCCCAGAGAGUGCGGGGUUCCCAGAGAGUGUUCCCAGAGAGUGCGGGGUUCCCAGAGAGUGCGGGGUUCCCAGAGAGUGCGGGGUUUCCCAGAGAGUGCGGGGUUCCCAGAGAGUGCGGGGUUCCCAGAGAGUGCGGGGUUCCCAGAGAGUGCGGGGUUCCCAGAGAGUGCGGGGUUCCCAGAGAGUGCGGGGUUCCCAGAGAGUGCGGGGUUCCCAGAGAGUGCGGGGUUCCCAGAGAGUGCGGGGUUCCCAGAGAGUGCGGGUUCCCAGAGAGUGCGGGGUUCCCAGAGAGUGCGGGGUUCCCAGAGAGUGCGGGGUUCCCAGAGAGUGCGGGGUUCCCAGAGAGUGCGGGGUUCUCAGAGAGUGCGGGGUUCCCAGAGAGUGCGGGGUUCCCAGAGAGUGCGGGGUUCCCAGAGAGUGCGGGGUUCCCAGAGAGUGCGGGGUUCCCAGAGAGUGCGGGGUUCCCAGAGAGUGCGGGGUUCCCAGAGAGUGCGGGGUUCCCAGAGAGUGCGGGGUUCCCAGAGAGUGCGGGGUUCCCAGAGAGUGCGGGGUUCCCAGAGAGUGCGGGGUUCCCAGAGAGUGCGGGGUUCCCAGAGAGUGCGGGGUUCCCAGAGAGUGCGGGGUUCCCAGAGAGUGCGGGGUUCCCAGAGAGUGCGGGGUACCCAGAGAGUGCGAGGUACCCAGAGAGUGCGGGGUUCCCAGAGAGUGCGGGGUUCCCAGAGAGUGCGGGGUUCCCAGAGAGUGUGUGGUUCCCAGAGAGUGCGAGGUUCCCAGAGUGUGGGGUUCCCAGAGAGUGCGGGGUACCCAGAGAGUGCGGGGUUCCCAGAGAGUGUGGGGUUCCCAGAGAGUGCGGGGUACCCAGAGAGUGCGAGGUACCCAGAGAGUGCGGGAGUCUUAUGGCGGUACUAGCCAAGCGCCGCAGUCAUCAAACAGUUAUGCAUAUUCCAAGGAAACUUUCCUUUCUUAUCGCCUUCUUGGCGGUAACAUUGCAAUUCAUUAAAGUGUUUACGAACGGCAGUCAUCGUAAAAACGCCCCCUUCACGCCGUAA